GAUAUUUGGGAAUAUACGAAGUUCCAUUGAAAGCAGUGGAGACAUAAAACUGCAGUACCUGGCCUGAAGCGGUCGGUACGGAGUUUCUGCAGGGGCCCGGCGUUGGAUUCCCCGUCGUUUCUGGAAGGUUGACUGUAUGGUUCGCUUCAGUCACUGGGAACACACACACUAAAACAGCGAGCCGCGUCUGCUCCCUUCGCCCGUUUUUUUUCUCCCCCAAAAGCCCUGCAUGUCUAAUAUUUAGACAUGUUCAGCUUUAUGGAUUCCAGGACUUUAUUGCUACUUGUAGCAACACAAGUCGCGCUAUUAGCCGUUGUCAGAUGUCAGGAGGAGGAUGACCAGGAAGACCCUGGCAGCUGCCUUCAGGACGGCAGUCGCUAUAACGACAAGGACGUGUGGAAGCCGGAGCCUUGCCGCAUCUGCGUAUGCGACACGGGGACAGUCCUGUGCGACGACAUUAUCUGCGAGGAGCCCAAAGACUGCCCCAAUGCCGAGAUCCCAUUCGGAGAGUGUUGCCCCAUCUGCCCCGAGCAGCCCGCUCCCCCCAGUGGUGUACCAGGUGCCAAGGGACAGAAAGGUGAACCCGGAGAUAUCACAGAUGUGGUAGGACCAAGAGGACCUGCAGGACCCAUGGGACCCUCAGGAGAGCAGGGCCCGCGCGGAGACAGGGGGGAGAAGGGAGAGAAGGGAUCUCCUGGCCCCCGUGGCAGAGAUGGCGAACCUGGCAUUCCUGGCAACCCCGGACCCCCUGGACCCCCAGGACCAAAUGGACCCCCUGGACUUGGCGGAAACUUUGCUGCUCAGAUGGCUGGUGGUUUUGAUGAGAAGUCUGGUGGUGCCCAGAUGGGAGUGAUGCAAGGACCAAUGGGCCCAAUGGGACCCAGAGGACCACCCGGACCCAGUGGAUCUCCUGGACCACAAGGUUUCCAAGGCAACCCUGGAGAGGCUGGAGAGCCCGGUUCAUCUGGCCCGAUGGGACCCCGUGGUCCACCUGGACCCUCUGGCAAACCCGGAGAUGAUGGUGAGGCUGGUAAACCUGGUAAAUCUGGUGAGCGUGGACCUACUGGCCCUCAGGGAGCUCGUGGAUUCCCAGGAACUCCUGGAUUGCCUGGAAUCAAAGGACACAGAGGUUACCCAGGUCUUGAUGGUACUAAGGGAGAAACUGGAGCCGCUGGAUCCAAGGGAGAGUCUGGUGCUCCCGGUGAGAACGGCGCCCCUGGACCCAUGGGUCCUCGUGGUCUUCCCGGUGAGAGAGGCCGCCCCGGACCCUCUGGCAAUGCUGGCGCUCGCGGAAAUGACGGUUUGCCCGGCCCUGCUGGUCCUCCUGGCCCUGUUGGUCCGUCUGGAGCCCCUGGCUUCCCCGGUUCCCCUGGUUCUAAGGGUGAGGCUGGGCCCACUGGCGCUCGUGGACCUGAGGGAGCCCAGGGUCCCCGUGGAGAGUCUGGAACCCCUGGAUCUCCUGGCCCCUCUGGAGCUGGCGGCAACCCUGGUACUGACGGCAUCCCUGGAGCUAAAGGAUCUGCUGGCGCUCCUGGUAUUGCUGGUGCCCCUGGCUUCCCCGGACCCCGUGGACCUCCUGGACCCCAGGGAGCCACUGGACCUCUUGGACCAAAGGGCAUGUCUGGUGACCCCGGUAUCCCAGGGUUCAAGGGUGAAGCUGGACCCAAAGGAGAGCUUGGUCGUGCUGGGCCCCAAGGUCCCCUUGGCCCUGCUGGAGAGGAAGGCAAGAGAGGUCCCCGCGGAGAGCCUGGCGCUGCCGGACCCCUCGGACCUCCCGGAGAGAGAGGCUCUCCCGGUAACCGUGGUUUCCCUGGUCAGGAUGGUCUGGCUGGUCCCAAGGGUGCCCCUGGUGAGAGAGGACCUGCUGGAGUGUCUGGACCUAAGGGUGCUGGUGGUGACCCUGGUCGCCCUGGAGAGCCUGGCCUUCCUGGAGCCAGAGGUCUCACUGGUCGCCCUGGCGAUGCCGGUCCUCAGGGAAAAGUUGGCCCUGCUGGUGCUGCUGGUGAGGAUGGUCGGCCUGGACCCCCUGGCCCUCAGGGGGCGCGUGGUCAGCCUGGUGUGAUGGGAUUCCCCGGCCCCAAGGGAGCCACUGGAGAGGGUGGAAAGGCUGGAGAGAAAGGAUCCGGUGGCGCUCCUGGUCUGAGAGGUCUUCCUGGUAAAGAUGGUGAGACAGGUGCUGCUGGACCCCCCGGCCCUGCUGGACCCGCUGGAGAGAGAGGAGAGCAGGGACAGCCUGGACCCUCCGGCUUCCAGGGCCUGCCUGGACCCCCCGGCCCCCCUGGUGAGGGUGGCAAGCCUGGUGAUGCUGGUGUUCCUGGAGAGGCUGGUCCUGGUGGUGCUACCGGGCCCAGAGGAGAGCGUGGAUUCCCAGGAGAGAGAGGCAGCGCUGGGCCUCAGGGUCUGCAGGGACCCCGCGGUCUCCCCGGAACUCCAGGAACUGACGGACCCAAGGGUGCCACUGGACCAGGCGGUGCUCCCGGUGCCCAGGGACCCCCUGGUCUGCAGGGAAUGCCCGGAGAAAGAGGCCCCGGUGGCAUCUCUGGACCCAAGGGAGACAGAGGUGACAAUGGCGAGAAAGGACCUGAGGGUGCUCCUGGCAAAGAUGGUGCAAGAGGUUUGACCGGCCCCAUUGGUCCUCCUGGUCCAGGCGGCCCUAAUGGCGAGAAGGGAGAAUCUGGCCCUGCUGGACCUUCUGGAGCUGCUGGUGCCCGUGGUGCUCCUGGUGACAGGGGUGAGACUGGUCCCCCAGGUCCUGCUGGAUUCGCUGGUCCUCCUGGUUCUGAUGGUCAGCCUGGUACCAAGGGAGAUCAGGGUGAGCCUGGACAGAAGGGUGAUGCUGGUGCCCCCGGGCCACAAGGACCCUCCGGAGCCCCUGGACCCUCUGGACCCACUGGUGUGUCUGGACCUAAAGGUGCUCGCGGUGCCCAGGGACCCCCUGGUGCCACUGGUUUCCCUGGUUCUGCUGGACGAGUUGGACCCCCAGGUCCCAAUGGUAACCCUGGUCCUGCAGGCCCUGCUGGUCCUCCUGGUAAAGAUGGGCCUAAGGGUGUGCGUGGUGACGGCGGCCCCCCAGGCAGACAGGGAGACGCUGGGCUGCGCGGACCUGCUGGAACCCCUGGAGAGAAAGGAGAGUCUGGAGAGGAUGGUCCCCCUGGUCCCGACGGUCCAUCUGGGCCUCAGGGUCUGGCUGGUCAGCGUGGUAUCGUGGGUCUUCCUGGACAGCGUGGUGAGAGAGGCUUCCCCGGCCUUCCCGGACCAUCUGGUGAGCCUGGAAAGCAGGGAGCUCCUGGUGGAGCUGGAGACCGCGGACCCCCCGGCCCCGUCGGUCCUCCUGGUCUGACCGGACCCUCUGGAGAGCCUGGUAGAGAGGGCAACCCUGGAUCUGAUGGUCCCCCUGGCAGAGAUGGUGCCGCUGGAAUCAAGGGUGACCGUGGCAACACCGGUCCUAACGGCGCUCCUGGUGCCCCUGGAGCUACUGGUGCCCCCGGCCCAGUCGGACCCACCGGCAAACAGGGAGAUAGAGGAGAGGCGGGUCCCCAAGGACCUUCUGGAGCCCCUGGACCUGCUGGCGCUAGAGGCAUGGCUGGACCCCAAGGACCACGCGGAGACAAGGGAGAGGCUGGCGAGGGUGGAGAGAGAGGACAGAAGGGACACAGAGGCUUCACCGGUCUGCAGGGUCUGCCUGGACCUCCUGGUCAGGCUGGUGACCAGGGUGCUACUGGACCUGCUGGCCCUGCUGGUUCAAGAGGACCCCCUGGCCCAGUUGGACCUUCUGGAAAGGACGGUUCCAAUGGAAUGCCCGGCCCUAUUGGACCUCCUGGACCUCGUGGACGUUCUGGCGAAACUGGUCCCUCUGGUCCCCAAGGUAACCCCGGACCUCCAGGUCCUCCUGGUCCUCCUGGCCCUGGCAUCGACAUGUCCGCAUUCGCCGGCCUGGGUCAGCCUGAGAAGGCCCCCGAUCCCAUGAGGUACAUGCGUGCCGACCAGGCAGCCGGAGGCCUGAGGCAGCACGAUGCCGAGGUGGACGCCACCCUCAAGAAUCUCAACAGCCAGAUCGAGAACAUCCGCAGCCCCGAGGGCUCCAAGAAGAACCCCGCUCGCACCUGCCGCGACCUCAAAUUGUGCCACCCCGACUGGAAGAGCGGCGAGUACUGGAUCGACCCCAACCAGGGCUGCACAGUGGAUGCCAUCAAGGUCUUCUGCAACAUGGAGACUGGCGAGACUUGCGUGCACCCCAAGCCUUCUGGCAUCCCACGCAAGAACUGGUGGUCCAGCAAGGGUGGAGACCGCAAGCACGUCUGGUUCGGCGAGACCAUGAAUGGCGGUUUCCAUUUCAGUUAUGGGGAUGAUAGCCUGGCCGCCAACACCGCCAGCAUCCAGAUGACCUUCCUGAGACUGCUGUCCACAGAGGCGUCCCAGAACAUCACCUACCACUGCAAGAACAGCGUGGCCUACAUGGACGCGGCCACAGGCAACCUGAAGAAGGCCGUGCUGCUGCAGGGCUCCAACGACGUGGAGAUCCGUGCCGAGGGCAACAGCCGCUUCACCUACAGCGCGCUAGAGGAUGGCUGCACGAGACACACAGGGCAAUGGGGAAAGACAGUCAUUGAGUACAGAUCACAGAAGACCUCUCGUCUGCCCAUUGUGGACAUCGCCCCCAUGGAUAUUGGAGGCCCCAACCAGGAGUUUGGCGUUGAUGUUGGCGCAGUCUGCUUCUUGUAAAGAGAAGGCUGACCAGAUAAGACAAGAAUAUAAAACAUGAAAGAGGAAAAACACUCCAAAAUAAAAAAAAUCAAGGAAGACAGAACGAAAGAGAGAAAAGAAAGGAACAGGAAAAAAAAUUGAAAGAUCAAGACACGUUUUUUUGAAAAACGGGACUCUUUUUUUCUAAGUAAAAAAGUGCUUUCCAAGUCGUACUCCUAGGAUAUAUGCACUGAAAGGCACCGGCAAUAUUCAUCUGUGAUUUCCUCCCAACAAAGACCACCCUUCUCAUUCAAAAUCACUUCAUGUCCCAAACCAAGCCCCCGUUUCCCGUGCCCCAUGUCCGCACCCCCCCCCCCCCCCCUCACCCCAGCUCUCUUUCCCACCAUGGGCUGACCUCCCCUUUCCAGCAGUUGGAAUGAUGACCAAUGAUGCGCGGAGAAGAGAGGGAAGCACCAGAGUGUUAAGAAGCAAGAAAACUAUCGCAUGUCUUGUUUUUUUUUUUAUUUAUUUAUUGUUGAGGUGUGGGUCCCCAGUGCUGCCCGGUCCCCAGUGGGUCCCCAGUUCUGCCUGGAACCGUUGCGUUGCUUACGACAGACGAAGGCCGCCUUCACAGCAGGACACAGCCAGCAGUCACCCCCUGGUCUGCAGUCCCCUCUUCCACUCUUUCCCCUUGCUCUCUAUGUCCAGUCACUCACACAGAUAUCCACCCCCCAAAACCAACCAACUCUCAAACAGUGUACUAAGUGCAGGUGUUCUGACAUCUACCACCACAGUGUGUAUGGAAAAUUACUGUGUAUUAUAAUAAAACCAAUGGUGCUAUUGUUGUAAAACAGUCUGUAUUUUUUAACAGCCAGAUACUGAUUAUAUAUUAUACCUGUAUAUAUGUAUAUAUAUGUAUAUGUGUAUACAUAUAUAUACAGCUUUUUAAAUUUUGUUUUGUUUCUUUUUUCAAGACGGCAUGUUUCAAGGGGGAUUUAUUCCCCACUUGAGGCCUGUUCUUUCCACUUCCUAUUUUGCCCAGAUUAGGAACCAUUUUUUAAUGUCAAUUAUCAGAAACCAUUUCAUUUGAAACUCUCCCCAGUCAAUAUAUAUAUAUUUUUGUUUUGUUUGGAUAGUACUCUUUUAAAGCUACCUCACACUGAGAUUUAAAACAUACAAAAAUUAAAGCCUUGAAAAAGUCCAGAUUAGCUCAGACGGUGAUCGGGCAAGAAGGCCACGACAGGAGUGGCAACACACCCCUGGACUGUCCUAUCACUUUUGAAAAUUCAGUCAUUGUCAGCAACCAUUAGCCCCCUUCCCCAGCCCCCCCUCCCACCACCACCCUCCCCUGCACUCCCUCACUUCUUUCCCAGAAUCCUCCUGUGGCCCCCUCACACGAGCCACAUCCCCUGCCCUGGCAAAUCCAUGGCACAGCCAUGAACUGGAACAUGUCACCGUACGUGUCACCGUACGUGCCAGCGAGCCGUGUGCUGACCAUCAGUCAGCCUUGUUAGUGUGCCAAGGGUACCCAGCAAGCGGCCAGAGCAGGCGCUGUCUUCAUUUGUGAGGGUGUGUGUAUUUUUAUUAUUGAUAAUAGUAUUAUUAUUAAUAAUAACAACAAUAAUAUUAUUAUGGUCAUGAUCAUGAGUUUUUUGUUUUGCCUUUUUUUUUGUUUUUGUUUUUUUUUUUUUGGUUUUUUGUUUUGUUACGGUUUUAAUAAAUGUAAAUUCGAAAUAAAAGAAAAAAACAAGUAACAGACUGAAGUCGCUUCUGUACUUUCUCUAUUAACCCGGGCGUUCUGGAUGAUAAUGUGGUGUGGUGUUGGAGAAAGGUGGAGGAGAAUUGUCCUUUUUUUAAUUCCCUUCCCUCCAUUUUCCCCUCGACUUGAACCCCUAAUAUAUCCACAUGUAUCUCUGGUGCCACUACUCUUAGACAGAGAAACAAGGGGAGAGGUGAUGGCGGCCUGGUCUGGCUCAUGCUGCUCUGCUUCUGUACAAUAGAGUGAUGGCAUGAGGGCUGCAUCCUCAGCCUUUGAAGACCCUCACGAGUCCUGAAGGGCCACAGCAUGGAGGUUAACACAGGGGUGCACAUUUUUUAUUGGAUGUUAUUUUUGUUUGUUUGCUUCUUGUUUUGUGUUAAUGGGGAACUACAAAAGGCAACAACAAAAACAAAAAAAAACAAGCAAGAACAGGAAAGAGUGGUCAGACUUUAAAAAAAUAUUUUGUACAUGUAAGAUAUAUUUUUUUCUUCUGCAUUAUUUUUUUUUUUUCAAAUACUAGUUUCUAAGCAUGGUAGAGUAGAAAUGGGAAUCGUUGCCAGCCAAGAUCAACAGUACUCUUGUUCAAUGAUUGUGAUUUUGUACCUGAUUUUGUUCUCAAUCUCCUACAUGGCCUUUCACCUUAGCAAUAAAAGGUAGAAUUAUUUUGAUGAAUGAAA